AUAAAUAUUAUAUUAUUAUUAUUGACUUUAUAAUUUAUUCAUAUGGUCUGCUGCACAUCAUAUUUUAUUAUAUAUAAGUACAGUACAAUAUAGUAUAUAUAUUACAACUUUAUAAUGUUUGUAACUAUGGUGUGUGUUAUGAUGGAUUUAUAUUAAGGUGAAUGUGGUUCAGGCAGUUUUAUUUUAUAUUUUUAUUUAUAUCUUAAUAAUUAAUAACAGCAGAAUAUAAUAAUAAUAAUAAUAGUUAAAGUAGUUAAUAAAAUAUUAUAAAAAUCAGUUUCAUUAAGUUUUAUGUUGGAUGGCUAAUUCAAUCUGUGAAAAUUUGAAGUUAGAGGAAUAUAAUUUUAAAAGUUAUUCCAUCAUUGGAAAGUGUAUCAUCAUCAACAACGAACACUUCCACGAGAAGACGGGUCAAUCGAACAGGGAAGGAACGGAAAUAGAUGCACGUAACGCAGACAAUGCGUUCAGAAGAUUGGGCUUUGAAGUAACCUUAUAUAAUGACCUAUCAUGGUAUGAAAUGAGGAAUGCAAUUCAAGAAGCUGCCGGUGACGAUUACGGUAAUUAUGCCUGCUUGGUUGUUGUCAUUUUGAGCCAUGGUAGGGAGGGCAAGGUCUACGCCACCGAUGGAACCCUCCAGAUCGAUUCCGAGGUUGUUGAUAAGUUCAAAGGAGAGAACUGUCAGAGCCUUGCUGGCAAACCAAAGUUGUUCUUCAUUCAAGCUUGCAGAGGCAGCAAGUUCGACCAUGGUGUUGAGAUGAGGGAUUAUGUGGACGGCGUGUCGGUGAAUGAGGUGAGGAUCAUAUCGUCUGAGGCUGAUAUCAUGAUUGCUCACUCGUCAACUGCUGGUUUCUACUCAUGGAGAAACAACGUAGAUGGUUCGUGGUUCAUUGAAUCACUCUGCAAUGUACUGAACAGUGAUCUAGUCAAUGAUGUCGACCUUGUCAGCUUGAUGACCUUGGUGAACAAGCUCGUAUCAGACAAUUAUCAGUCCAAAAACACUGAUGAAAAGUUCUCAUCCAACAAAAAACAGAUUCCAUGUGUCUUGUCUACUUUAAGGAAACUCGUUUUCCUUAGGCCGAGAGAUUAACUUACUCAUCUUAUUAAUUAGCUUAUUUAAUUUAAAAGAUUACAUUUAUUUACUUUAGUUUUCAGUUAAAUUUAUUUCAGUGUAUGUGUUCAAGUUUUUCUUGUUUCGCCGAUUUUGACAUAUUUAAGGUACAAAGUUUUCAUGUCCAAUAGAUAAAUUAUCAUCUCGGAA